ACCCAUGGUCCCAAGCGAGGCCUGGCGCGGGACGUCGGACGCGGUGCGGGGCGGAGCGGGGCGCCAAGGGGCGCGCCAGGAGCUGCGCGGGCGCUGGGAGGGAGUCCAGGGCCCAGUUCCGGGCGCGUCUGAGCGGUUCUCUAGGCGUUCUCGCCUCGGUCUCUGGCGAGUGCACGGAUCAAAAGCAGCAUGGAUCUGCCUGUGGAUGAGUGGAAAUCAUAUCUGCUUCAAAAGUGGGCUUCACUCCCGACGUCUGUUCAGGUCACAAUUUCUACAGCAGAGACCUUGAGGGAUAUCUUUCUUCACUCCUCUUCACUUCUUCAGUUGGAGUGUGAUGGUGCGAUCUCAGCUCACUGCAACCUUCGCCUCCCAGGCUCAAGCGAUUCUCAUGCCUCGGCCUCCCGAUAGCUGAGACUACAAGUGCUUGCCACCGUGCCCGGCUAAUUUUUGUAUUUUUUAUGGAGGUGGGUUCCACUAUGUUGCCCAGGCUGGUCGCAAACUCGUGGACCAGGUGACCUGCACACCUCGGCCUCCCAGAGUGCUGGGAUUACAGACCUGAGGAUGAGCUGUUUCUAAAAAGACUUUCUAAAGGUUACUUGGUGGGAAAGGACUCGGACGCUCCUCUUUUCUACAGAGAAGAAGGAAACAAAAAAUUUCAGGAGAAAGAUUACACAGGAGCUGCAGUGCUGUACUCUAAGGGAGUGUCACAUUCAAGGCCUAACACUGAGGACAUGUCACUGUGUCAUGCUAACCGCUCGGCAGCCCUCUUCCACCUGGGUCAGUAUGAGACGUGUCUUAAAGACAUUAACAGAGCACAGACACAUGGGUAUCCAGAAAGGUUGCAACCCAAGAUCAUGUUACGUAAAGCAGAAUGUCUGGUGGCCCUGGGGAGACUGCAGGAGGCAAGGCAGACCAUCAGUGAUCUUGAAAGGAACUUCACAGCCACACCAGCCCUAGCAGAUGUCCUCCCUCAGACUCUGCAGAGAAACCUCCAUCGUCUGAAAAUGAAGGUACAAGAAAAGGACAGUCUCACAGAAAGCUUCCCAGCAGCUCUGGCCAAAACCCUUGAGGAGGCGGCGCUGAGGGAGGAGAAUGAACAACUUUCCAAUGCGUCAUCAUCCAUCGGCUUAUGCGUAGAUCCUUUAAAAGGUCGCUGUCUCGUUGCCACAAAAGAUAUUCUCCCAGGAGAGCUCCUGGUGCAGGAGGAUGCUUUUGUGAGUGUUCUCAACCCAGGAGAACUGCCACCACCGCAUCACGGCCUAGACAGCAAAUGGGACACCAGAGUCACCAAUGGGGACCUCUAUUGUCACCGAUGUUUGAAGCACACUUUGGCCACAGUUCCGUGUGACGGAUGCAGUUAUGCCAAGUAUUGCAGCCAGGAGUGUUUGCAGCAGGCCUGGGAGCUCUACCACAGGACAGAAUGUCCUCUCGGGGGGCUGCUUCUCACACUGGGUGUCUUUUGCCACAUUGCCCUGAGGUUGACUCUUUUGGUGGGAUUUGAGGAUGUUCGCAAAAUCAUACCGAAGCUUUGUGAUAAGAUUAGUAACAAGGACAUCUGUUUACCUGAAAGCAACAAUCAGGUCAAGACACUUAAUUAUGGCCUAGGGGAGAGAGAGAAAAAUGGCAACAUCGUUGAGACCCCAAUUCCUGGAUGCGAUAUUAAUGGGAAGUAUGAAAGUAAUUAUAAUGCUGUCUUCAACCUUUUGCCCCACACUGAAAACCAUAGCCCAGAGCACAAAUUCCUCUGUGCUCUCUGUGUUUCUGCACUGUGCAGACAGCUAGAAGCAGCCAGUUUACAGGCCAUCCCAACUGAGAGGAUUGUGAACUCCUCUCAGCUUAAAGCAGCAGUGACACCUGAGUUGCGUCCUGACGUGACUAUUUGGGGAGUGGCGAUGCUGAGACACAUGUUACAGCUUCAGUGUAACGCUCAGGCGGUGACCACCAUACAACACACAGGACCUAAAGGGAGCAUUGUUACCGACAGCAGGCAGGUGCGCCUUGCCACAGGCAUCUUCCCUGUUAUCAGCCUCCUGAACCACUCCUGUAACCCCAACACCAGCGUGUCCUUCAUUAGCACUGUCGCCACCAUCCGGGCGUCACAGCGGAUUAGAAAGGGGCAAGAGAUUCUCCACUGCUAUGGGCCUCACAAGAGCCGGAUGGGGGUUGCCGAAAGGCAGCAGAAGCUGAGGUCUCAGUAUUUCUUUGACUGCGCCUGUCCAGCUUGUCAAACUGAGGCACACAGGAUGGCUGCGGGGCCCAGGUGGGAAGCAUUCUGUUGCAACAGUUGCGGAGCGCCCAUGCAGGGAGAUGAUGUGCUGCGCUGUGGCAGCAGAUCUUGUGCAGAAUCCGCCGUCAGCAGGGACCACCUGGUCUCUCGGUUACAGGACCUUCAGCAGCAGGUCAGAGUGGCCCAGAAGCUUCUCAGAGAUGGUGAACUAGAGCGAGCCGUUCAGCGGCUGUCGGGGUGCCAGCGUGACGCCGAGAGCUUCCUGUGGGCAGAGCACGCCGUGGUGGGAGAGAUCGCAGAUGGCCUGGCCCGGGCCUUUGCUGCCUUAGGAGACUGGCAAAAGUCAGCCACCCAUCUACAGAGGAGUCUCUGCGUGGUGGAGGUUCGCCACGGGCCGUCCAGUGUUGAAAUGGGCCAUGAGCUCUUCAAAUUGGCCCAGAUCUUUUUCAACGGGUUUGCAGUACCCGAAGCCCUGAGCACAAUACAGAAAGCUGAGGAGGUUCUGUCGCUGCACUGUGGCCCAUGGGACGAUGAAAUCCAGGAGCUCCAGAAGAUGAAAUCCUGUUUGUUGGACUUACCACCCACCCCUGUAGGGCCUGCAGUGCAGGGUCCCAGGAGGAUUUUGACCCACAGAAAAGGAGCCCAUGGAACACAAGUUAAAGAGGUUUUGCUGGCCAGGUGCGGUGCCUCACGCCUGUAAUCCCAGCACUUUGGGAGGCUAAGGUGGGCGGAUCACCUGAUGUCAGGAGUUCAAGACCAGCCUGGCCAACAUGGUGAAACCCCAUCUUUACUAAAAAUACAAAAAACUAGCCGGGCGUGGUGGUGGGCGCCUGUAAUCCCAGCUACUUGGGAGGCUGAGGCAGGAGAAUCUCUUGAACCCAGGAGGCGGAGGUUGUGGUGAGCCGAGAUCGCUCCACUGCACUCCAGCCCAGGUGACAGUGUGAGACUCCAUCUCAAAAAAAAAAAUAAGAGGCCGGGUGCGGUGGCUCAAGCCUGUAAUCCCAGCACUUUGGGAGGCCGAGGCAGGCAGAUCACGAGGUCAGGAGAUCGAGACCAUCCUGGCUAACAUGGUGAAACCCCGUCUCUACUAAAAAUACAAAAAAAUUAGCCGGGCGUGGUGGCGGACACCUGUAGUCACAGCUACUCGGGAGGCUGAGGCAGGAGAAUGGCGUGAACCCGGGAGGAAGAGCUUGCAGUGAGCCGAGAUCGCACCACUGCACUCCAGCCUGGGCGACAGAGCCAGACUCCAUCUCAAAGAAAAAAAAUAUAUAUUAAGAGGUUCUGCUGCUGGAUGUGGGUUCUGUGGGUCGGGUGUGGGUUCUGUGGGUCGGGUGUGGGUUCUGCGGGUCGGGUGUGGGUUCUGCGGGUCGGGUGUGGGUUCUGCAGACCGGGUGCGGAUUCUGUGUAGGUUCUGUAGGCCCAGUGUAGAGGCUCACACCUGUAAUCCCAGUACUGUGAGUUGGCCAGUGCGGAGGCUCACGCCUGUAAUCCCAGUACUUUGAGACGCUGAGGUGGGAGGAUCACUUGAGCCCAGGAGUUCAAAACCAGCCUGGGCAAUAUAGUGAGACCGUAUCGCUACAAAAAAGUUUUUUUAGUUCACCGAGCAUGGUGGCACAUGCCUGUAGUCCCACCUACUCGAGAAGCUCAGAUAGGGUCACCUGAGCCUGGUAGGCUGAGGCUGCAGUGAGCCAAGAUCGCACUACUGCACUCCAGCCUGGGUGACAGAGUAAGACCCUGUCUCAACAAAAAAAUAACAGGUUCUGUUGCUGCUGAGCUUUCGUCAGGAAGAUAAAGACUUUCCCAACAGUCCGAAGCCUAGGAUAUGAGGGCUGAGGAGGACUCAAACCGUUGCAGUCAGAGAGACACCUAUUUUGGUGAAUAUUUUUUGAAAUAGUUAAGUGGCCUCCAAUACAAACUCCCAGUUCCCAGAAAAGACUUAAAACUAGUAUCUGGAGAUUCCAAGUCCUUUAAAAGGAUUUUAGCUGAUCUGCAGGCAUCUGGAUGUUAGCCUGGGGUUUUGGCUGGAUUUCGCCUCGCUCAAUGAUGAUAGUCUUUCCCUGGAACAUUCCUGUGGUUUUAGUAGUAAUGAGAUGUGUGCACCACUCCAGUGGGAACUGAAACUCUUAGUAGUUACAUUGUAAUUAAAAAAUAAUUAUAAAACAAGAAAUCAGCAAGCCUGCUUACCUCCAGAGACAUACCGUUCCACUUACAGUAUCUAGCUUCCUCGACUCCUUUGUUAAAAUCGUGGAGUAUGAACUGUGACCAGAGAAGUAAAUAUGGAGCCGUUUUAUUGAGCAGUUUCCUCCAGGGAUGACGGCUGUCAGUGUGUUUCCUGCCAGUUUUCCAGUCCUUACUCUCUGCCCUUCAUUCUGUACUCUUGGCAGAGUCAGUAACCAACCACUAAUAAAAUCAAAGUUGUAGUAAAGACUUUAUAACACAUA